AUGGCCAGGCGAUUGCUCACGCCGAACACCGCGCCGCCGCCCACGGCGACGGGAACGGCAGCGCAUUCGGGGUGGGACGUGAACCGGUCGGCCGUCAAGGUGGCCAUCGUCGGCAACGUGGUCGUCGUGCUGCUCUUCUUCGUCGCCGUCGUGUGGCGCCUCUUCUUCUCCGGGAAAGGCCAAGAAGGAACCAUUGCGCCCGAAGGCGGCGGCGCGGCGGCCGCCGAGGCGGACGCGCUCUCCUCCGCCGAGAGCUCGCCGAGCGCGUCUCCGCGGGGAAAAGGGCUCAGGAAGGAGGACCUCGUGGCGCUGCCCGUGUACGUCCACGGCGCCGGCGCGUCGGCGGAGGAGGGCAGCGGCGGCAAGGUGGAAUGCGCGGUGUGCAUCUGCGAGCUCGGAGACGGCGACACCGGCCGGCUCCUGCCGAGGUGCGGGCACCGGUUCCACGCCGAGUGCGUCGACAGGUGGUUCCGGUCGCACGCCACAUGCCCACUCUGCCGCACCGUUGUGGGAGGUCAACCCCAAGGAGCAGCUGCGGAGUGUUGA